AUGGCUUACGAGACCAGCAUCGACGAUGAAGGCAUGGGCAUCACCGACACAGAGGAAUCGAACACCAACGCAAAGGAAUACAUCGAUGGCAUACCCGUCACUGUCGAAUCCCCUGCAAAAGAUGCUGUCGCCGAGCACCACGCACCCACCAGCCACCACCGAGACUCGCUCACCAUGGAAGGAGACGAAAGCAGAGAAGCUGAGGAAGAACCAAAACGAGACCCGACGAUUUUCUCACCUUGA